GUAUUCGGAGGCGCGUGGUAGUGAUGGCGGCGCUCAGUGAGACUUUCCUGUCACUGGAUACUACUACUCCCAACCCUCCUCAAAGCCGCCGGAGCAACCCCCAGGUCUUUAGUUUACAAGUGGCAAUUUGACUUGCUCUGCUGCAUGUCUGGAGGGACCAAGGAAAGUGUGGAGACGCUCCAGGGAUUAGGUGAUCGCAGCUUGAAAAGAAAAAAAGCCAAACAAAUAAACAAAACCCACCCACCCUAACAAAUAUGAGGCUGCUGGAGAGAAUGAGGAAAGACUGGUUCAUGAUCGGAAUAGUACUGGCGAUCGCCGGAGCUAAACUGGAGCCGUCCAUAGGGGUGAAUGGGGGACCAUUGAAGCCAGAAAUAACUGUAUCCUACAUUGCUGUUGCAACAAUAUUCUUUAACAGUGGACUAUCAUUGAAAACAGAGGAGCUGACCAGUGCUUUGGUGCAUUUAAAACUGCAUCUUUUUAUUCAGAUCUUCACACUUGCAUUCUUCCCAGCAACAAUAUGGCUUUUUCUUCAGCUUUUAUCAAUCACACCCAUCAAUGAAUGGCUUUUAAAAGGUUUGCAGACAGUAGGUUGCAUGCCUCCGCCUGUGUCUUCUGCAGUGAUUUUAACCAAGGCAGUUGGUGGAAAUGAGGCAGCUGCAAUAUUUAAUUCAGCCUUUGGAAGUUUUUUGGGCAUCGUUAUAACACCCCUGCUACUGCUGCUUUUUCUUGGCUCGUCUUCUUCUGUGCCUUUCACAUCUAUUUUUUCUCAGCUCUUUAUGACUGUUGUGGUUCCUCUCAUCAUUGGACAGAUUGUCCGAAGAUACAUUAAGGAUUGGCUUGAGAGAAAGAAGCCUCCUUUUGGUGCUAUCAGCAGCAGUGUACUCCUCAUGAUUAUCUACACAACCUUCUGUGACACGUUCUCUAACCCAAAUAUUGACCUGGACAAAUUCAGCCUUGUUCUCAUACUGGUCAUAAUAUUUUCUAUCCAGCUGAGUUUUAUGCUUUUAACCUUCAUCUUUUCAACAAGGAAUAAUUCGGGUUUCACACCAGCAGACACAGUUGCUAUCAUUUUCUGUUCUACACACAAAUCCCUCACAUUGGGAAUUCCAAUGCUGAAGAUAGUGUUUGCAGGCCAUGAGCACCUCUCUUUAAUAUCCGUACCCUUGCUCAUCUACCACCCAGCUCAGAUCCUUCUGGGAAGCGUGUUGGUGCCAACCAUCAAGUCUUGGAUGGUAUCAAGGCAGAAGAAACUGCUCCAAACCAGGGGGCCACUGGCUAACUUGAAUAAUCCAGAAGGCUUGGAAUCUCUAUCCAUCAAAUUUGGCCAUUAGAAUAAACACCAAGAGUCCAUCCUCCAGGGAGUGAAGCUGACGAGGCCGACAGUAUAACAAAGGAGCUGGACUUUCUAUAGCCAUGUAUAUAUGUACAGGAUUGUACAUACUAGCAAUUCUGAAGACUUGUACUUGUGAAUGUUGCCUCAAUGCAUAUUUUAUUUUUUUACAUAAAUAUAUGAUAUACGUGUUUAAGUGCCUUAAAAUGUAUUUGACAAGAGCAUUAUUUCCAAAAUAUGCUUUGUUGAUUACUGCCAGGGGUGGUACAAUAUUUGGGGGUUAAUUUUUUUUUUCCUAACGCAGGAAUCAGUCAUGGUAAGUGAUAAAAGGCAAACGUGCUCUCCCUGCAGCACGUUUUGUGCAGUACAACCCUAUAACAGUUACUGUAAUGUUUGAAAUGAGGUCACACCAUCAGGAAAAUGCCCUUCUGAUGACAGUGAAAAUUUCCAAAGUCUUAUUCACGCAUACUUUGAUUUACUGUGUGAUUCUUUUUUUCUACGACUGUGACAUGCCUCUUCCUUAUCAACUCAGCGGGGGUCAUAGAUCGAAUAGAUGCUGAAAAGCAUAAGAUAUAUGCAUUCCUUGACAUCAUUUUUAAAGACAUUCCUUCAAAUAGUUUCCCCACAGAAAUUCCUCACUCCCAUUAUGAGAGAUUGUGGUGUUAUAUGUCUUAAAUUUAUUAUAAGCUGCUUCAAAGAAAGGGCCUGAAUGUUUGAGUUAUGAGUGAAAUUAUGUAAAAUUUUGAGUUAAACUCUGUGAUUUGAUUUUCAGGGUCUUUAAAAUAUAUCUUAAUAUGUUCUUCCCUCUUUAUUUGAUAAUUUCUUUCUUAUACUUACACACUCAUAACAGCCAAAUAUGAGGCACAAAAAUGUUACAAUCAGUUUGAAAGCAGCAACAAUUAAUGGUGGAUUCUAUUCACAUUCCACAAGCCAGACCAAAUCUUUUUCCUGUUACACAGAUGUGCUGACCACCUUGCAUAUUGCCCCUGUUAGCCAGAAGCAGCCUGUUACAUCCUGGAAUUAAGCACACUUAUGACAUUUGAGACAAUUUAUUAAUGAAAAUUUCCUGGGCAGGUUUGAGAAAUGUUGGUAAUUUUUGUAAAGUUAAAUCGUAUUGCUCUUAUCAAUAACUGAAAAUACAAAGGUCAUGGAUGCAAACAAAUGUUACAUAUACGUGUUCUGUCUCGCCAGAUGAAAAGAACAUGCAAAACCAUUUAAUAACCAAAAUAGCAAGUCAAAUUAGUUCCCAGUUGGGCAUCAGCUUUCAAAUGAGUAUCCAAUAUUUGCUUCUGCUACAGCUGCAGGAACUGUAACUGGACCCAAAUAGAGAAUGAAGCCGCGUUUGGAACUGCGGGAACACUUCUCUGUGUUUCCUGCGUGCCGUCCUGUCACAUCCUCUUACACGUCCUCUCUGAUUUGACAGACAAUAUUGGCAUCCUGGGUCUCACUGGGGCCAUGCUAUGUCCUCAGCAGCUGUUUUUGUUGUUUGGUUGUUGUGCCCACAACAAAAAGUCAUUCCUUAGAAACUUACCAAGUUUAUCUGCAGUGUAACUUUAUACUAUUGUUACUACCAGGUCUCAUCUUUUGUCAAUGUCGAUGAAUAUAUUUCACGAGAGUUA